GCAAUAUAUUUGUAUAUACAUGUUAAAAUUAGGAUAAUCACCAAUUAACGUUUUGAGUGUGCUUCCCGUGCAGUGGCCCAUGCAUAUGUGAGAGAGAGAGAGACUGCUAGCGGCGAACAUGCAGCGACCACAGACAGACCAUAAGCAACUCAAGUUACAGAACCAGCACUCGGAGCAAAGCGAGCACAAUAGCAAUAAUGGCACACGCAUAGCGGCAAGCAGCAGCACCCAUAACCAUGACACGUCCACGCCCAUAUUGACACAGCGUUCGGGCGGCGGCGGAAGCUCUGCUCCAGUUCAGCCACCCAAGAGCCUGUCCCUAAGCCAAAACAACUAUGCGGCCUCGGACACCUCGGGCGAGGAGGAGUUUCUGGACUCGCGCUACGAGUGCGCCAUCUGUAUCGAUUGGCUGAACGAGCCGGUGCUCACCUCGUGUGGCCACCGCUUCUGCAAGCGUUGCCUGACCGACUGGCUGCAGAACCACAACCAGUGCUGCCCUUUGGACAAUAAGCAACUCUCUGCGGAGCAGGACAUCUUCCCGGAUAAUUACACGCGACGCGAGAUCGAGCAGCUGAAGCACAAGUGUCCCAACUCGCCGCUGGGCUGUGCCCUGGUCGCCUCCCCCAUAGAAGUGCAUCGCCAUCUGCCCAGCUGUCCGUACCGACGUCAGCCGCAGCCCGAGCAGCUGGAAGAGAAGUGCCCAUUUGCCAAAAUCAAGUGCGAUUUUGUCGGUCGGCCCGAGACGAAUCAGCUGGAGGAGCACCUCAAGUCGGAUAUGCCGCAUCACAUGCAACUGAUGCUGCAGGCCUUCCAGCAGACGGCCAUCGCCACCUGGCAGCCGCAGAAGGCCAGUACCAGCACCAGCGGUGGAUCGCUGGAGAAUGGCCAUGGCCAUGGCCAGCUGGCACCGCCGCCCCAAUACGCCAAUGGGGUAGACGAACAGAUCGUCCAGACCAUGUACCAGCGAAUCGUGGUGCUGGAGCAGCGUACGCGCGAACAGGAGACGCGCAUCGAGAAUCUCAAUAAGCAACUGCGCCUGGCCCGCCAGCCCAUCGAUCCACGCUACAGCAACGGCACCAUUGUCUGGAACAUUGGCCAUCUGGGCAACCUGGUGUCGCGCCUGCGGGCGAAUGCCAACAAUCAGGUGUACUCGCACGAGUGCUACACCUCUCCAUAUGGCUACAAGUUCUGUGCCCGUCUCAACAUUCAGCCGAGGAAGCCGCAUGUUCUCAGCCUGCAUGUGCAUCUGAUGCAAUCGGAGAAUGACUUCCACUUGGACUGGCCCUUCAAGGGGCGCAUCAAGCUGUGCAUGGUGCAUCCGACGGAUGCGAGCCAGUCGCAGCAUGACACCAUCAUGACCAAACCGGAGAUACUGGCCUUCCAUCAGCCGCGCGAGGCGAUCAGCACCCGCGGCUUUGGCUUCCUGGAGUAUGCCAACAUAUCGAACAUCAUGCACUUGGGCUUCGUGGCCGAUGAUCGGCUGCUCAUCAAGAUUGAGAUCAAUCUGGUUUAAAAACGGAACUGGACACAGGGAAUUGGAACUGGAAAACUGGACGCGCCAAGGAAGAGAAGAGAACAUUCCACAUCGAAUUGAUCAUUGCAUCACAAUAUCCACAUAUAUAUAUUUUAUAUAGUUUUAUAUAGGAUAUAUAUAUAUAUAUAUAUACAUAAUCGCAUUUGUAGUAUAGAUGCAGUCGAUCAUUAAUCAUUUUAGGCGCCUCAUCUACCUACAUAUAUGGCUACUACUCAAACUAAUCGAUAUUAUCUCUACUACUCGUAGACCCUACCUUAUAGUAAUUCAGUUAUAUUUGUUCAACCUUGUCGAUCCCAUUUUAAAUGUAUUUCUAUAUCGAAUUAGUUUUUAAUAUGCAAUAACCAACCCGUCGACCCCUUCAAUUCGAUGGAUUUGAGCAUGCGUAAACCGAGUACGUCCACUAAUUUUAUAGUCAAAUCUCAUAGUAUUUAUAGUACCCUUGAAAUGCAGAGAACGACCACUAAAUAACAUUUAAAUUGUUUGCCGUCUAUCUGUCUGUCUGCUUAUAUACAAUCUACUAUUCUCUAAGUUCUUUGCCUAUAAUCACUAGAUCAUUUAGUAGCUGCCAAGCAGCACGCUUCUAUUGAGAUAUACAUUUAUUGGUCGUCUACCUUCAAGGGUAUAUAAACAUCGGUGUCCCGAUGUUGUCCUCCUUACCGGUUAAGGCUUAUGUUACCCCCAAAAACCAUCUGUAGAACCUACUGCAUACAUACAAUACACAUAGCGAUAAGUUGUUCAAGAUCUACUCACAGUUGAACGGAAUCUGUCUCUCUAGUUCUGGGUAACAGCUGUGAGGUAGCUCUCUUGAGUAGGGAACCCCGAUUAAAGGACAUUUUUGUACCGCUAAUUGAG